GUGUGUGUAUGUGUGAGGCUGAUUAGCAACAGAGGCAUUGAGUCACAAACCUUUCUGAGGUGAACACAAACAGUCUAAGAGCUUCCAACAUCAUGGCACUCAUGGAUUACUGGACUUUGGCUUUUCUUUACCCACAUCUAUUCACCAAGUUAACAGUCAACUAUGUGUCUAGAAUGCUACUUUAGUUACUGCUUCAUCACCAACUAUCUCAGAGAGCAUUAGAGAAGUGAGAAGGUUACAUUUUCCCCCCCCAAAAAAGUAUUUACGGUCAUGGGGAACUCAGAGAGCAUGUGGUGGAUUUUGGUCGAGUGCAUCUGCAGGAUCCUUGGUGUUUCUACGGCAACAGUGUUAUGUGCUGUAGGAGUGGAAACCCUACAACUGGGAGAAUUCAACAGCCUCGGCAUCUACCUACUAGUGUCAUCUGUUGGCAUCAUGAUGUUUGAGUUGGCCUACUUCCUGGAUACACUCCUGGUCAUGUGUCUGCCCCGUCCUCCAGACUGGCAACUGUUUGUGUUGUGGGGGAAGAUGGCGCGCAUCGGAGGCUUCCAUAAGUUCCUCUAUUACUCUAUAAUGUCAGUGGUCUGUUUCUUGCAUCCUGUGUUGGUGUGGCACGCCAUUAUCCCAGGGACAAUGCUGCUAGUGACUGCCUUUUUCAACUUCAUAUUGAGCAAGAAAACAAAGACCAAGUCUCCCAAGAGGCCACAGGAGAGCUACAACGACCAAGGCCUGACCACAGUGUGUGUGACAGAGCGCCCGGACGACACUUUCUCACUCUUCCACAUAGUAACAGGAAGGAGAGGGGCGCGACUGGCUCUCGCAACCAGAGACCACAGCCUCGGCCUGGGUGAGAGAGGAGAGAGCGACCAGGCCAUGCUGGAGCUGGAGCAGACAACAGCAGCUAAAGAAAUUGACAGGGAGAGGAGGAGGCGGAAAGAGAGGAGGCCAAUAUGCUUAAGAGGCAGGGAGGAGCCUGUGGAGAGAGAGAUGGAGGAGAUGGAGGGGCACUAUGAGCCCGAGCCAGACACCACCUCAGACACUGCACCUAUGAUUACAGACUGACUGUCUCCCUGCACUCAGACUGAGCUCCUUACUGAUAACACACAAUGAAAGCUUGAGUAAUGUGUUCAUACUGACUGAGUGCUUUUAUAAAAUAUCCGGUCUGGUAUUGAGUGUAUGUGAUUACAGAACCAAAAUAUGAAGAUUAUUAGAUUUUUUUUAUUACUAAGGUGUUUAUUUUUUACUUCAAAAAGAUCAAUCUAUUUGCGCAAAAUGAACAUUUUAUGUGCUAAAUCAAUUUUGUUUGCUUCAAAUGUAUACAUUCAAACAAAUUAAACCAUUUGUACCUACA